AUGACACUUCAAGACCAACCCAAGCCCUGUAUAUCUCCUCCACACGCCGCUGCCUCACCCCCACCAGACCAGCUCCGCUCUGUCCCUCCCGGCGCAUCGUCGACCAACGGCUGUUCAGUUCCCUCCGCUCACCCUGCUCGCCGCACGGAGAACAGCAGAAUUAGCAUUCCCAGCAGUCAUCACCUAGACGAGCUUGUCGGGACGAUCGAAGAACAAGACGACCAGUGGACGCGAACGCCACAUAGUGGCCGGCAUGGUCUGGUAGCUCGCUCAUUGACAGGAGAAAUAUCUAAGGUUGGGCUUCUCCCGUCCGGAACUCGGGGCCCGGGAGCCUCGACGGGGCCACCGCCAGCAGGCACUCAGGGAAAGAGGUGCUCAGCGACGGACAAGAGCGCCGUACGCCCUUUCGGGUCGCCGACCAAAAAGCCCCGGCUUGUGGCUCCCGGAAAUCUCUCGCUGCCAUCCCCCUUGGACGAGACGAUCUCCGCCCAGUCGGCUGUGGCAUCUCCUCUCUUCUUCUCCAACUCGCCGAGACGCCUGCUGAACCGCCCACCGAGCUUUCCUAUCCCGGAAGUGGCUCCGUCUAUAAUGGGCGGCAACGAGGCUCUCGGUGAAGUGACCACCCUCCGCUUGCCGAAAGGGCAAGUCAGCGUGACAAGUCCCGCAAGGUCAUCCGGCACACCGCGCAGCUGGUCCUCAACCGAGCUUUCCAGUCUAUCUCGCAGCCCCGAUGGUUGGCCUCAGCCAUCCGUGGUUCAACUUCUUCAAGGGAUAGGGGUGGUCGAGCUUUUGGAAGAAGAUGAGCGGCCGACCUUCAUCAUCGAUCUCAACGACCCCGCGAACUUCCACCCUGGCCCUCUACAUCUCCUCUACGCUAACGUCUCGCUGAGGACAACGCCCGGCCUUUUGCAGUUGUUACAGCUCAACCAAGCAGAUCCGCGGCACAGCCCCGAGUUUUCACAAUUCAAGGCGUGGGCCGCCAGUUUAGUAGGAGAUAAGUCAGGUACCGCUGCUAUUGCCCAAUCUGCACCUUAUGCUGGGUUCCCCUGGACUUUUUCGACACUCCGGAGGCGCUUCCGGAUAAUUCGUGGGUACCAGAACAUGACCUUCAACACAGUGACCUCCCCCAACCAAACGCAAGCCUCUGGGCCCUCGCCUUCCGCCGAACCGUUACCAACCGGGCCUUGGCCAGAAGAGAGGUCAAUCUCACCCGGAGAACGCAGCGAUUAUUUUGGAAGAGCCGAGCAGAGGGGCCCUCGCUCCCACUCUGAGCCUCGAAGCAGGACUGGCUCAACUGCCGACACUGUUAUCCGCCCUUUCGAUGACCUAGCGCUCUCAUCUCCGCCGCUACAUACAACGUUCGACUGGACCCGUAUUCCCAUCGACGACCCCGGCCUCCCCGCACACCACCGGUUCGCACGGUCGAUCGACUGGGCGUCUACCCCGCUUGGGCCGAUCGAGUUUUGGCCGAUCGAGUUGCGGAUCAUGUCUUCUAUGAUCAUGGGCAGCCCGCACCCGGCGGCCCUCUACUGGGGCCGAGAUUAUGUCGCCAUCUACAACGAAGCUUACAUUUCGCUUGCCGGCCAAAAGCACCCCAAGCUAAUGGGCUCUCGCUAUCGGGACGCCUGGCCCGAGAUAUGGGGCCAGAUUCAGCCAGUCUUCGAUGCCGCUUGGGAUAGUGGGUAUGCGACAAUGAAAAACGAUGACACGCUCUUCGUCUCCCGUCACGGAUUUAUGGAGGAAGCAUUUUUCAACUGGGCAGUCAUUCCUUUGGUGGGAGGCGAUGGGACGGUGGUGGCCAUCUACAACCCCGCGUUCGAGAAUACGCGCCGGAGGGUCGUCGAGCGUAGCAUGCUAACACUUCGCGAGGUCGGUAUCAAGACGGCGCAAGCCCGCGACGUGAAAGGGUUUUGGGCCCAGCUUCAGAAAGGCCUGGAGUACAAUGACUUUGAUGUUCCCUUUGCCCUCAUCUACUCGGUCGGCGAAGACAGCGAGAGUGAAGUUUCAUCUCUAAACUCAGGGAGCCUCGCACAUCCGCCGCAAAUCAUCCUCGAGGGCUCCAUCGGCACACCCGACGGCCAUCGCUGCGCCGUCUCGUCUAUCGAUUUGCGCUUCAGCGACGAGGGAUUCGCGCCAUACCUGAGGGAGUCGAUGGCUCAUCCGGAGACUCCUAUCGUACUUAGCGAGGUGGAUGGCACCCUACCAACCGCUCUGCUACAAGGCCUCGCGUGGGGUGGGUAUGGAGAUCCGUGUCGUACUAUAGUCGUGUUCCCCGUACAUCUCACCACGGCAGGAGAUGCAGUGGUCGGGUUUGUCGUCCUGGGAACGAACCCACGGCGCCUCUAUAACGAGGAUUACCAACUCUUCGUCAACCUCCUUGCCCGUCAACUCGCCACUUCUUUAGCCUCUGUGGUUUUGUUUGAGGAGGAAAUCAGACGCGGACAGAAGGCUGCCCGCUUGGCUGCUCUCGAUCGUCAAGAACUCUCGUUGCAGCUUCACCUGCGGACACAGGAGGCCGUCGAGAGCGAAUAUCGCUUUACGAGGAUGGCCGAGUUUGGGCCUGUCGGCUUGUUCAUUGCGGAUGGUAAUGGGCACAUCAACUACUGCAAUGAAAUGUGGUACAGGAUAUCUGGGCUCCCGAGAAACGCCAGCACCUUCGCCGCAUGGAUGCAGAGCAUCCGAGACGAAGACCGGCCCGGCACAGAACUCGCAUGGCGUCGUGUUGUGGAAGACAAGAGAGCCGUAACGCACGAAUUCCGAUUUAACGGUUCCAGGGAACUCAUUGAUGGCCAUCUGGUUGAUGUUUGGGUUCUGAUGAGCGCGUACCCCGAGAGGGACGGGACCGGGGGACUCAAGAGCAUAUUCGGCUGUAUCACCGACAUCUCGCAACAGAAGUGGGCCGAAAGCUUUCAGAAACAGCGACGGGACGAGGCGGUUGAGCUAAAGCGCCAGCAGGAGAACUUCAUUGACAUAACCAGUCAUGAAAUGCGGAAUCCGUUGAGCGCCAUGCUGCAAUGCGCCGACGAAAUAACGUCAGGUUUGAGUCGAUACACCCAAGGAGACCCAUCGAUUCGCGCCCCUGGUGCAAUGAAUGCCUUGGUUGAAAGCUGUGUCGAAGCAGCGAGCAUCAUAUCGCUGUGCGCAAACCACCAAAAGCGGAUCGUGGACGAUAUCCUGACUCUAUCCAAGCUGGAUUCGAACUUGCUACUCGUGACGCCUGUCGAUGUUCAGCCCGUCACGGUAGUGCAAGAUGUACUCAAGAUGUUCGAGACUGAACUCAUCACGAACGGCAUCGAUAGUCAAAUGACCGUCGACAAGUCGUACCAGGACCUCGCCGUCGACUGGGUGAAACUGGACCCUUCGCGACUUCGCCAGGUUCUCAUCAACCUGAUGACCAAUGCCAUUCGAUUUACGCAGAACCAGCCGGCGCGGUUGAUCGCGGUCAAUAUCGGCGCAUCUACGGACGUGUGGGAGGACGGCUUCUCGUAUGUCCCUCCCCGAAAGCCAACACCAGAGGACUUUACCGAUGAAGUCGAAUGGGCUGGUGGUGAGAAAAUCAAUCUCCACUUCUCCAUCACCGACUCCGGCCCAGGGUUGGAUGACAAUGAAAAGCAAAUCUUGUUACAGCAGUUCAGCCAAGCAAGCCCGAGAACGCACGUUCAAUACGGCGGCUCCGGUCUGGGACUCUACAUUUGCCGGACAUUGACAGAGCUGCAGGGCGGUCAAAUUGCGCUGCAGUCUCAGAAAGGGCAAGGAAGCACAUUUGCCUUCUACAUCAAGGGCCGGAAGUCGGACCAUCCCGAAGCCGACUUUCCACUUCCUACACCCGUGUCCACACCCACGCCCACGCCCACGCCCAUGCUUAACGACAACAUACAUCUCCCGGAACCUUUGCAUGAUGUACCGUUGGAACAGAUACCAUCCCCAGCAAGACCUGCCACGCCAACCACCGAGGCCGCACAGCAACCACUACCACCAUCCCCCAUGGUGCAGCCUGAACCUGCCCGGCUCGAUAUCCUGGUGGUUGAGGACAACCUGGUAAACCAAAAAGUCCUCAAGCGGCAGCUAGAGUUUGCGGGGAGCAACACGUACGUCGCCAACCAUGGUGGCGAGGCCCUCGCCGAGCUACGCCGUUCCCGCUUCUGGUACGAAUGCGCUGCCGCUCCGGAGACUAAGCCUAGCGGGCUAGCGCCGCCGGAUUCCGUGUCGACAAACCACAGCAGCAAUUGCCAAAAUAUAUCGGUUAUCUUGAUGGACCUUGAGAUGCCUAUCAUGGACGGAAUCAGUUGCACUCGCGAGAUUAGGCGUCUGGAGGCCGAGGGAAUCAUCACGCAUCACAUCCCCAUUAUCGCCGUCACUGCCUAUGCGCGGCCGGAGCAGGUGGAAAACGCAAAGGCCGCGGGCGUUGACGGCGUCAUUUCAAAACCCUUUCGAAUCUCGGAAUUGAUACCCAAAAUCGAGGAGCUCGUCCUCAAGUACAACAUGGUGCCGAAGCCAUGUUGA